AUGAUCAGACGCCUCAAUGACAAUGCCGCCUGGGUGACUUUUGGCUUCGGGAGGACUGCGACUGGUGUGACGGCCACAAGCGCCUCGAGCACCACGGCCCUGCAGCUCCCCUCCCUGCAGGCGCAAACUGCGGGCCAAGCCUCAGCGACUAGCACCGGCUCAUGCCUGCAAGGAAAGCGACUCUUCGUCCGAGGAGGCCCGACGCAAGGGAACAGCCGACGAGGAGUUCACUGUACCGCUUGUAGGAGUCGCUGGGAGGCAGCUUGGCAGUCACCUCAGCUUGAGCACUGCGGUUGGGUAUCUGCGGGACUGUUCGUGCCGCUGAGGCUCACAACCAGAACUUUCCUGAUCGCAAGUUCUCGCUUUGCUCAGCAACAGCUGCCUCGCAUUCAAAUUGACUUCACACCGGGCAAGGUCAUGGGGGCAGCAGCGGUUGUGGGCAGUUUGCUGCUGAUUUUGGGGUUCACCGUCCUGCGGCUUGGGGAGCACGCGGUUGAGAUCCGGAUUCGCUAUGGCGGUGCGGCUCGCACUGGCUCAGUGCCAUUUCAGAUGCAAGCAGAUGCCGUGGAGCACAUGGCCGACUGCGACGUAUCAUCUGGCACGUGCAGCUUGCAAGUCUCCUUGAGUCGGGACAUGCCUCCGCCAGUUCGUGUGCUCUACCAUCUCGAUCCGUUCUACCAGAACUUCCCGACCUACAUUGCUUCAGGUUCGACCUCCGGUGCAUGGGGAGAACUGACAGGCAGAUGGUUCGGCCAUGACGAGCGGCAGAAGCACUGCCCGGAAGCGUCCACGAGAAUGACAGAGACCGGCGACGUAAUUUUCCCCUGCGGCUUGCAGGCCACAAGCCUUUUCAACGAUACCUUCGAGUUGCGGCGAAACGGAGCUGUCCUCCACAUCAGCAAAGACGGUGUCGGCAAUCCCGAAGAUCGUAGCAGGAUGGCAAAUCCACCGGAUUAUCCCGACGGGUCCAAGGUUGCCUGGCUCUACGAGCGCUUUCCCGAGGUGAUUUCAAUUGAUCAGGGCACGACGGAUCCGGAUUUCGUUGAAUGGAUGAGGCCCAGUGCCAUGCCCAGCCUCCUGAAGGAUGUCGGCCGAGUGAAUGUUGGCCUUCUUGAAAGCGAGAUGCUGACCCUGCACAUCCACGACAGGUUCCCCGUGUCUCAUCUCAACGUCACAAAAACCGUUGUACUGCUGAGCCCAAGCGCUCUUGGUGGAAAGUCAGAAGCCUUAAGUAACUUCUUGCUUUAUGCCGCUUGUUUGUGUUGGCUUCUGGCAAUCGCAGUCGCUUUGAUCAACGGAUUCUGCAAGCGCACGCCUGGGCAACCUCGAUUCUAUGGCUCCCGCAUGCCUUUGGAGGAAUCUGAAAGCAGUACCGACAGUGACGUGGCCUAG